AUGGCUCCCGUACCUACCGCUUCUCAUGUGUUAGCUAGAAACACUGCUCUGAAAUUGCCACAAAUGAAUAUGCCUAUCUUCAGUGGCAACUACCUUGAAUGGCAAUCCUUUUUCGACUUGUUUGACAGUCUGGUGCACCAAAACCCAGGACUGAAAGAUAGUCAGAAAUUGUACUAUUUAAAAACGAAUUUAUCCGGUGAGGCGGCUUCAUUGAUUUCGCAUCAAAAAAUUACCGAUGCAAAUUACGGACUCGCUCUAGAGAAGCUAAAAUCAAGGUAUGAUAAGCCGCGUGAAAUAGCAAAUCAGCACAUCAAACGAUUUUUAACUCAGCCACCGCUAGCAUCAUCUUCAGCGCACGGCUUACGAUCAUUGCACGAUAUUUCGGAUGAGGUAAUUCGUGCUUUAAAGGCAAUGGAUAGGGAGGAUCGUGACACUUGGCUCCUGUUCAUACUCAGCGAAAAGGUGGAUGUGGACACGAAACAGCUUUGGUGUCAGAAGGCCGCCGAAAUGGAAGAAGAUGACGUCAGCCUACAAUGCUUUCUAAAGUUUAUUGAAUCGAGGAGUUUCGCUUUGGAGUCAGCUCAAUCAGUGAAGUCAAAAGCUAGUGUGCUCUUCAAACAACCUCCCAAGCUUCAAUACAGAGGCGCCACCGCAUUCGUCACCACGAAUCCUCCGCUCUGCAACGUUUGCUCGAAGCAAAAUCAUCAUCUUUACCAUUGUGGUGAAGCUUGUAAAGCAGGUACGUGUAGAAAGUGCAAUUUAUCUCAUCACACCCUGCUGUACCAUCACUCGUCAUCAGUAAUCAUGCAGCCAACCAGAUCAGCAUCAGUCCUGGCCAAGGCAAAUUUAGGACAGUCAGCUCAGUCUUUAAUUUCGGCCCUCGUCUCCCCUACCUGCAUCGAUGCUUCUAAUGUGCUUCUUGCUACCGUUGCAAUUAAUGUACUGGACAGCAAUGGACACCCUCGAGCUUGCCGUGCAGUGCUAGAUUGCGCAUCUCAAGUUAGCUUCAUAAGUGUAACGUUCUGCAAGCAGCUCGGACUCAAAACGCAAGCAGCCGACGUAAGUCUUGAAGGCAUUUCUGCUACACCCGCGCACGCUAACAAGUGUGCAGAAAUAAUCAUCUCAUCCCGCUGUACGGACUAUCGCGCCUCUGUGUCUUGCAUUGUGUUGGAGACCAUCAGCAAAACGCUUCCCUGCAAGCCCACUAAUAUCGACGAUUGGCCCAUACCAGGAUCAGUGCAUCUGGCCGAUCCACUCUUUCAUCACCCGGGAAAGGUAGAAGUGUUGCUGGGCAUUGAAUUGUUUUUCCAGCUACUGGAGCCCGGCAAAAUAAAUCUCAGUAUUGACGACAGUUUACCAACAUUACAAAAUACUAAGCUGGGUAAUCGCAGGCCGCUAUCAUGA